GUUGCCAUGGGUGCGGCGGUGGCGGCCGGGGGUCGGUGCCGGUGCUGGUGCUGCGGGAAGGGGCGGUGUCGGGCGGACCCGUGCGGGAUCCUUUGCCUGCUGCUUACGUACCUCAGUGUGGGCUACGCCGACUACGUCAUCCUGGAGCAUGUCCUGCUCCAGCCGGGCUUCCGGGGCAGCCUCUGGUGUCCGUUCCAUGCGGUGGCGUUCAACUUCAUUGUCGUGAUGCUCUUGGCCUGCCACACACGGGCUGUCUUUGCCGACCCAGGCAUGGUCCCGCUCCCAGAUACAGCCAUUGACUUCUCUGACUUGCGGAGUAGCGGCAGUGGCGGAUCGCACAAGAACAGUCGGAACAAUGAGGACUGGACAGUGUGUAACCGCUGUGAGACAUACCGGCCGCCCCGGGCGCACCACUGCCGUGUCUGCCACCGCUGUGUGCGCCGCAUGGACCACCACUGCCCUUGGAUCAACAACUGCGUGGGGGAACUGAACCAGAAAUACUUCAUCCAGUUUCUCUUCUAUACAGGCUUGGCCAGCCUUUACGCCAUGGGGCUGGUCUUGACCACCUGGCUUUGGCCCACGGACAAGAGCUCAGCCGGGAAGGCUGAAGGAGCUGAAGGAGGCGUUUCCAACAAUCGCAUCCAAAUCGCUCACCGCAUCAUCUUGCUGGUGGAAUCCAUCCUCUUUGGCCUCUUUGUCACAGUCAUAUUUUAUGACCAGCUGGUCUCCAUUAUCACAGACGAGACCCCAAUUGAGCAGCUGCGCAACCGGCUCCUGAAAGAGGCACGGCGGGAAGUCUCACAUACGCGGAAGCCCAAGAUCGCCCUCCUGCGGGAAGUCUUUGGCCGAGGUCUCGUCAUCUGCUGGUUCUUCCCGUGCAACUGCAGCUCUCCGUCAGCCAGCGGGCCCUCCUACAGCUACUUGCCCAACUACGACGUGUGACUUCCUCAGGCUGCUCUCUCUUUCUAUUGGUGGAGGCAGAGGUUCUGUUCAGUUUCAUUGGCCACCUUCUGUGGAGGCAACGGUGGCUGCAGUUUCUAACGUUUCCCCCCGGGCAGGGAAACGUUUUCCUCAGGAGGGGAGUGUGUGUGUGUUUGUGUGUGUGUAUGUGUUAUAAGUGUUGAUGCUCUGCAUCCCAAUGGGAACAGAGCACGCUCUCCCUUGAAGUGGAGCUCAGCAGGAGGUCCUUGUAUUUCGAACUCUUGGCUCAACCUGUGUAACACUCAGAAUUGGGGUGCUGCGCACAGCAGAGAUCACUCUCAGAAGCGGCCCUUAAUGCGUCCUGGGCCCUGGUGUGAAGCAUGUGAAUUUGAGCCCCUUCCUUCCUUCCUUUCUGCCUCACCCUGCCCGUGAAGGCCGUAUUUAAGCCCUGCGUCCUUUACCAGGGGGCCCAAAGAGAUCAAGCUCUGGCCUAUCAAAUAAUAAUAAUAAUAAUAAUAAUAAUAAUAAUAAUAAUGCUGGCAUUAGCCUCCUACUCUGGAGAGCUGUGACCUCUGCCCACUAGGGAACCCAGCCCUGCUUUUGCUCACCUGAUUUCAACCCUGCGGGUGGUACAUGCUUCCACUUCCAGCUUGCAUCAGCCUCUGAUGCUCUGCUGCGGACUGGAAGCACGCCAGAGGCUGAUGGUGAACAGCUGUCCCAGAGGAGGGAGUACCUUGUAUUAGCAACCCCCUUGGGGUUUCCUUUUUCAGAGAGCGGGGGCUGGCUGCCCUCCAGUGGAUGUGACAAUGGAUAGCUCAGGUGGGUGUUAAGAGCACGCAGCCGCACCUCCCCACACAGCACCAGCCUCAUCCCGGAUCUCUGCUUAUCCUUCUGGUUUGCUGUGAGCGUUGUGUGUAUAUUGCCUUUCAGCACAUUCCCAGCAGUUCCUUGAGCUUUCUUGAAACAUAAGAGUCGGAACAUCAUGCUUUGUGGUGCGCAGGGACUUGCCGCAUCCUCCGCUUGGGGAGGUGCUCAGGAGGUUUCUGUCAUUUUUGUGUCUAAUUGCUGGGGGAUUCCUUGUUUCCUUUGCUGGGAUGGCCCCCACUCCAAGGUUCCCCGGAGGCCUUGAAAUUAAGAGGCUGGGAUUCCAGCAUCAUUUGAGCUACUCAUUAACUGGAGAAAAGGGAGGCCCAGGGCUUUUUUUUCAGCCAGAGCACACCGGAGCGCAGUUCCGGCAGCUCUCAGGUGGGUGACAUUGCAGGCCAGCACCCUCCCACCCGCUUCUUGCCUUUACGUACUUCCGAGAAGCCCAAAAUGAACAUUUCAAGUCAAAAGCGAAGCCGGCCAGCGUGUGAGUCUACACUUUUUUUUAGAUCUAUGUCUCCACCUAAGCUAUGGGGUAGGGCCAAUUCUUAUUUCCAUUUCUUCAAUCCAUUUCCCGUAUAGCGGCAGCGAGCUUUAAGCUUUCCAGCCAGGCCUCUACCGUUGCACGUGGGCGUGUUUCCACGAGGGUCCUUCCAAGCUGCCCUAACCAUCCGCCUGAACCUAAAAGAAUGAGGGGGGCGGGGGCACAUUUAUUUGACCUGUACCAGAACCAGGGGCAACCCCCAAACCAAACAGCUUGCCGUAGUUUUUAUCACCUUUGUGGAUGGUGAACACUGCUGUUAUCAACAGGCAUCUAUCUAUUCAAGGCUCCCCCGAGUCGCCUGGCGACUUACUGUAACAACUUCAUGGUGAGUUCCGGCACCUAUUUUUCUUGGGGGGCGGGAGCACCGGAGAAGCCCUUUUUAGUAGGGGGCAGAUUCUCCUGCCCCUAGUACUUCAGCAGAGGGCAGCGGCCUCCUCUGAAAUAAUUACUCCCUGAAAAUCAUCUUAAAAUGGUGGCUGGUAUCCAUUAGAGCUUGUAGGGCAGAAUCUGGGAGGCCUGCAGGAGACGGAGCCAGAGGCAGUGACAGGCAGAGCUGUCAAGCAAUGAGUGGCAGAGCCAAUGGAGUCUAGUUUUGUCCCCAUCCUUCUCCCGAGACUGAGGAAGAGGAAGGUGACAGGCAGGGCCACCCCUUGGACCGGCUGUAAGUAAGAAGGCAAGCAGGCUGGGGAUGGCUGAGAGCGGACUAAGGGUUGUGGGGCAGUGCCCCAUUCCCCUGAAUGGAGCAGCCUCCACUGCCAUUCAAAGCACAAGAAGUGUGUCCCAUUUGAUACCCGUUGUGUCAUGUGUCCCCCCCCCCGACUUCCUAAUCCUACACUGCUGCCCUUGGGUUGGGUGGUACUUAUCUAUUUAUUAUGUCGCCUUAUAGCCCAGGCUUUGAUUCUACUUCUCAAGGCGGCUAAAAAUAUAUCAUGUUAUAAUAGAGUAUUAUUUUAAGUAUGCUAAACGGGUAAAGCAACUAAGCAGGAGCAGCAUUGCAACCAAAAGCAGAGAGGAAGGCCUCUUCUAACACUGUGUGUGUGCAUUGUCUGAAAACAAAGCAUGCCUUCUGUUUCAGAAGUGUUUUUACCCAUGUGCAAGUUUAAUUGGCAAACUAAUCCAGCCAGGCUCAUACAACGUAAUUGGGUUUUUUUUCUUUUGUGAGACAUCCUCCCCCAGAUGUUGCUGGUUUCCAUAUCCUAUCUACUCCAACCAGCAUGCUUCACGGUCAAGGGAUAAUGAGGGCAGUAGUCCAGCCACAUCCCUAUACUGCAGCAUUCUCAUUCCCCCACUCCUUUCUACACGCUGUGUUAAUUCCCUGUGCUCUGGUCUGUGCUCGAAUGAGGCUUUCUCCUACCACUGUCUCCCGGAUGCCUGACCCUGCUAUCCAUCCAACUUUUAAAAAAAGCGGGGUGGUUUUCGCUCAGACUUGGCAAACAAGUUUUGAGCUGCGAACCUCACUGUGGUGCGAUUGGGGGGGGGAGGAGGUGUGGGGAGGAGGGAAAGAAUGUCUCUGGGAUUUAAUUGGGAUAAUUUCCUACCCUCUAAUGAAAGUCUAGACAGCCCCAGAUGCAAGUGUCAGGAACUGGAGGGUGAGCGAUUGAUUGCCCCCGGUGCCCUGCGGACAAAGCAGCUCUGGCUGUGGAUUAAGUCUUAAGUGUUCUGCCGCUUUAUUUAUUUUCUCAGGAUGUGUUUGCACUGAUGCUUCGUUUAAUAACAGGAUGCCACUUGUUCUCUUUGAACCAAAUGUGAUGCCCGCCCAUCUCAAAGAUGAGCAGCUUCUUUUGCAAACCCCGCAGACGAUGGGUCUUGGCAUCUUCACGCUCGAGAAGGUGCAAUGAAUCCGGCAACUGGAGCACAUUUUGCUGCCGCUUUUUUUUAAAGCAAGGUUCCGGUCCUCAUUGCUGCAGAGAAUAGCCAAAUUUCUGACUUAAAAGAAAGAGAGAGAGAAAAUAUUUCUCACUCGGGAUUCCAGUGCUCUGAAGGAGAGUCUCCUCAUUUCUUUGCACGGUUAUCGGGCUCCCAAAGUUAAGACUCUGCUAACCCUACUCUCAGAAGAGACUCAUUGGAAUUAAUGAACAUAACUGACUUAGAUCUAUUAAUUUCAGUGGGUCUGUCUUGAGUAAAAUUUAGUCUGUCUGUUCUCAGCAGGGGCGCAGAAGGCAGAGUUGUGGCACUACUGCACACUGGGGCAAGGCAGCAGCAGGCUUUGCCACCAUCCCAGCAAGGACGGUGCCGCUGCCAGGAGAUCACUGGCUGCUUUUCUGCCCCCUUUGCAUGCCUUUGCUGUCUGCCCCACUUUUGGUCAUCUGCCCUAGUACUGCUGUUUGUGUUUAGCAGCUUUACUCUUCCAGUCUCUUCACCACUCACUGCCCAGAUAAAAACCUGUGCAAUGACUCCCUCCGAAAAAGAGAUACAGUAUUGCUGUUCCGAACAUUUAGUUGAGAUUCCUGCAUUGCAGGGGGUCGGGCUAGAUAACCCUCAAGGCCCCUUCCAACUCUUACGAUUCUAGGAGUCUAAAUUAUUGUAGCUCAUGUCAUUCCAGUUACAUCAUUUCAUUCCAGUCGCACAGUUUGGGAUCUUCUGUUUUGUUAGUGCAAAACUCCGGGCUCUCAUCACUGAGCUCUCUUCUGCUGGAUGGCACAGAGGAAAAGCUGGCUCCAGUUGCCUGUAUAAGAUUCAGCCCCCCCCCCCCAUCUUAAUGAUAUUUAUUUUGCUUAUUGCUACAAAUUUAUUGAGAAGUGACUCGGGAGGAUUUGGUGGACAGUGCACAGAAGAAACCAGCUUUUUGAAGUGUUGUCUUUAUACUCAGUAUUGUAGCCACAUACUGGCGUCAUUUCACACAUAGGAAUUAGAAAUAUAAUUUCCCAAAGGAAACAAAUUGCUUGCAUUGAUAUUUUCUCAUUGUGGCAAGAUGCUCUGUGCUUUUAACACCGAUCCUAGGCCAACUGCACUGGCUACCAAUAGGUUUCUGGGCCCAGUUUAAAAUGCUGGUUUUGAUGUUUAAAGUAUUAUGCUUCUCAGAACCCCAGUAGCCCAAGCACCAGUCCUUCCCAUAUGAACCAACACAGUCCCUGCAAUUGUCAUCUGAGGCCCUUCUUCUUGUGCUCCACCCAUGGGAGCUCCUGAAGUUGGCAACAUGAGAACAGGGCCUUCUCAAUGUGACUCUUUCUCGUGGGAUUCUCCUCCCUGGGAGGCAGACCUGGUGCCAUUGUUAUAUAUCUUCAGUGUCGGGCAAAAUUUUUGCUUUCCAACCAGGCCCCUAUCUGUGAUCGUUUAAAGCAGGCAUCCCCAAACCUCGGCCCCCCCAGAUGCCCCGGACCACAACUCCCACCCGCAGGUUUGACAUGCCUGCACUACAGCCUGCCCAUUAUUUGCACCAGCAGCACCCCCUGCUUCACCCUCCAUGUUACGGGUCACAAUCAAGUCUUCACGGUCUGCACUGUGUCCUGGAACAGCUGCUGUUUCACGACCCUCCAUAGCACCACGAGCCUGUGGGCGGCUGUUCUUUGGAGGAGGGGCUUCUGAAGCAUCAUUCUGAGAUCUUUUUCUUUGGGCAUCCAGCCUGCCCUUUUCA